ACCGAGGGCAAUUUGAACUGUACGAGAGGCCUUCCAUCGCCUUGGGCUCUCGCUAUCUACCUCUAGGGUAGAUAUCGCCUGUCGCUACAUCAAGCGGGCCUCUUGUUGUCGCAGUCUUCUGAAUUACCGGAAGAGGCCACAGUCAAGGUCGUUCUGAGGAAUGGAGUGCUAUCGUCCAGAAGAUCCACGGCCUUGAAAAGAAGGUGGGAUGAUUUCGAGGAGACAUGCAACGAUGUGGUGAUGCGAACGUGGCUGGCUUCAUGUUGUGCAACGUCGCCAAUGGUUCCACUGGCACGUCGACCGUCGCCUGCCUGCAUAUCGCCAUCGAACAUACACAUCCAAAAAUGCUCAGCACUACCCAAACUCCAGCGUCGCACGUCGCACCGCCGCAACAGCCUGCGUAUCACAAUACCUCCGCGGGAGAAAGCAAAACACGAAGACAGCCCUACAUCCAUGAACAGGAUAACCGAGCCUGUCAGAACUGCGCCGAUGUACAAAAGGCCAUAGAAGCGAUGCAGGAGGACAUGCAAGAGCUGGAGGAUCUACUCUAGAAUACUGCUUGACCGAAACACUGGCGCAGGUGGAAGCCG